UUAUAUAAACCGCACCCACACAAAAAGCACCGGUUUUCUCUCUCUCUUCUUUCUCUCUCUAAAUUGUUCAAGUCGUUCCAUGUACGUGAAGAUGAUCUUCUUCUCCAGAUAAAUUUAGAGUCAUUUCCUCAAUCUGCAUUAUUGGUUUUCGAGCCUCUUCUUUUUGGUCAGUCUCUGUUUUUCCAUUUUUCAUUCGAAAAGGGGUUAAGGUCUUAAGUCCCUUCGAUGUUUUAGAGAGAGAGAGAGAGAGAGAAGAGAGAGAAUGAAGGAUUUCCCUGGAACACCGGGAACCCUUACUGGUCUCAUGCUUCGGGUUGGUCAAUUUACAUUUGCUGCUGCCUCCAUUGCUUUCGUGGCCACUGGCGUUCGAUUCCAAGAAUUUACAGCUUUCUGCUAUUUGAUAGCUUCCAUGGGUUUGCAAGUCCUCUGGAGUUUGUGGCUUGCAUGCCUUGAUGCUUAUGCAAUGCUCGCGCCGCGUGACCUGCGCAAUCCUCGUUUGGUUAGCCUGUUUGUGGUUGGGGAUUGGGUUACGGCGACCUUAUCACUUGCUGCAGCUUGCUCAUCUGCAGGGAUACUGGUUUUGUAUGACCGAGACUUGGGGAACUGUAAGGAGUCAGUAUGCCAAAGGUACCAGUUCGCGAUUGCCAUGGCGUUUAUGAGUUGGGUGUUGAUUGAUAUAUCAUCUCUCAUCAUGUUUUGGCUACUUGCUGCUGGUUAAACAAUCUUCAAACACCAGAUUCUAUUAAUUGAUGGAGCAUUUUCUUAUCAAUGGAAGUUGGGCCCAACAUUGAGAUGCAUUUUGACACCCCGUGCAGUGUUUGGGGGUUAUAUAAUAGGCUUUGGGGGGAUAUUAACCAAAUCCAAGGUUCAGUUUGUGGGGUUGCUUCUUGGGUGAUGAUCCUUAAUGGAGGAGUGAGUCUCUUUUUACCUCACCUAUAUAGUUUGUUGUACAGAUUGUAUAAAUUUAAUGUAAUACAAGUCAAUUUUGUUC